UUUAACAACAGACAACAAUAAGUUAAAGAUGGGUAAUUUUUACAAAAGUAAAUUUCUCUAAAAUAUUGCCAUGUAUAAUUUUAAUUGUAAUAAAGUUCAUUCAAUUUAGUAGUUAAAUGUUUAAAACUUUAUAUAUUAUACCAUGUAUUGUUGUUUCACUAUUUGAAUUUUUUUCAGGGAAGGGUGUCUUUGCAACAAAAGAGUUUUUUCCUGGAGAUUUCCUCCUCGAAUAUGCCGGAGAGCUUAUUUCUGCUGAAGAAGGUGAAAACAGAGAGGAGACAUUACCAAGCGUAUUUAGAUUUUUUUUUAAAUGCAAGGAUAAAGGAUAUUGUAUUGACGCAACAACUCCCAAGGUUAAUCAAGUCGGUAGAUUUGUGAAUCAUGGAGAAAAACAAGAAAUUAAUUCAUCAAUGAAAGUACUUCUAAAUGAUGGAUUGCCUGUAUUGUGCCUUUUUGCAAUAAAACACAUAAAAGCAGAUAUGGAAAUUCUUUAUGAUUACGGAAUAUUUUUGUAAGAUAUAACCACAAUACCAUGGAGAAUAGAAAGUCAAUGUACUGAAGACAUUACUGUAAAUACAGAAUGUUAAACUACUGUAUACACAAAGAAACUAUUGUUUAAAUAGGAUCAUAAAUUCAAAGAUCACCUAGACAUUACAAGACUCAUUAAAUUGAAUAGCUUUGUAAGAAAAGAUAGUAUAGGUAAGAUCCGAUGGAGAAAGGUUGCCUUACAGCUACUGUACAGUGUGGCCUCUCAAUUAUUAACCUAUUCUUCACUAGAAAAACAACUGGUUUAACCAGUUGUUGCAGAAGUGGCUGCUGACUUUAAAAGUCAGCAGCCACUUCAAGACACAAGACACUUGUGCUCCCUCCAAUUAAAGACCACUUCUAGUAUUGGGGUUUUCAUGGUCUUUAGCAACUUUGGUCUCUAAUUAGAAUAAUAUAGAUAGAAUACAAUUGUAAUUUAGGACCACAGAAAAGUGGCCUUUAAUUGGAAAGGUCUUUAUUUAGAAGGAAACCUGUUAUAGAUUUCUACCAUUUACACAAAAUCACACUGUGCUCUAAAAAGACAAGGAGAGCCAGAGAGGAUGCAAUAUUUGUACUGGUGCCAUCUCUAAAACAAGGAAAGUAAAAGGAUUGAAUUUUGACAUUUGUUCUCUUAACUAGUACAAGUUGGACAUACGAAAAGUGCAAUUGAAGUUUUUUGUGUUUCUGAGAGAGUGCUUUAUCAUCCUGAUAGAUUUAGAAGUAGCCAUAUCACAUCAAAUAAAAUAACCUAAAACGCCUACAAGUAGUGGAAGUGCAAUGAGAAUUUAAAAUAAUCCAAGAUUCAUUAAAUUCAAUAUCUUUGUAAGAAAAGAUAAUUUAAGUCAAUAUACUGAAGACGUUAGAUCCAGUAAAUUCUAGCUGUGCACCAAGAUACUAUUGUUACAGUAGAACCAACCAUCCAAAUUCACAUGGACGAAACACAAUCCAGUAUAACCACAAUACCAUGGAGGAUAGAAAGUCAAUGUACUGAAGACAUUACUGUAAAUACAGAAUGUUAAACUACUGUAUACACAAAGAAACUAUUGUUUAAAUAGGAUCAUAAAUUCAAAGAUCACCUUGAUAUUACAAGACUCAUUAAAUUGAAUAUCUUUGCAGAGAUGUAAUUGUGCAGGGCUGAGCCGGGCGGAGCCGCCCUGCCUAAAAGUCUACCGCCCAGCCUAAAGCAAAAUUUAAUGCCUUCCGCCCAGCGU